AAUAAGCCGAAUCUGGAUUCCAUGAGGAGCGCAGGUAUGAGCAGGACCGGAUUUGAAAACAGGGUAUAUUGAGGGAGAGGUGUGAUGUGACGAUGACAGAGGGGCUUUUUCGAAUUGAACUGACCACGUCUGGAUUGGUGACAAUUUAUGUCGAUGAGAGGAAAUGUUUAGUGUGUGUUGGCUGUAAACGGUAACGGUGGAUGUUUCUGCGCAGACGCUUCCUCCUUCGGCUUCAGAGGAUUGACGGUUGGCCUGACAUCAUCGGGUGCUCGUUGGGAAUGAAUCAUCGCCUUCAUUAGGAGGGUUCUGGGAUGCUGUCACCGUCACUGCACCUUUAACACUACCAGACAAACCCCCACGUACACAAACGCAACCGCCGCAGCUCGCCUGGUUUCUUAUUUAAGCAUUUUAAGCCGUGGACAGACCUCGGAGCCAGCAUGGAGGAAAUCCUGCGAAAGCUGCAGAAAGACGCGUCCGGCCACAAGCACAAAGCCAUCCGCGAUGCCUGCGUGUACGCCUUCGAAACCCUGGAGUUGCAGAAUGGAACUGCCAAGAUUUCCCCUUCACAACUUAGAGAGCGCUGUCUGCUGCCUUUACAAAUGGCCCUGGAGUCGAAAAAUGCCAAACUGGGACAAACGGCACUUACUGGCAUGCAGAGGCUCCUGUGUGAGGACAGGUUUGUGGGUGGUGUUGGCAUGGAAUUGGAGGUCCUGGAGAAACAACUGCUUAGCCAGAUGCUGGAUGCUGUCAGAGUCACCCCGUCUCUCCAUGAAGACCUGCAAGUGGAAGUCAUGAAGGUCCUGCUGUGUAUCACCUACUCUUCAAACUUUGACAUUAAUGGAGACUCCAUCCUCCGAAUUGCUGAGGUGUGUAUCGAGACCUAUGAGUCCAGCUGUCACCAGCGCAGCAUCAACACGGCAGUCAGAGCCACGCUGAGCCAGAUACUGGGAGACCUGACACUACAGCUGCGACACCGACAGGAGGGAGCAGAUGGAGAUGAGGUGACUGCUCCACCACUGCAGAGAAGAGAUAUUUCUCCCACUAGCCAAGCUCUGUGUGAAGAUGUGGUGAUGGUGCUGACAGUUUUCUGUGAAAAACUGGAGUCGGUGGACAGUGAUAAUCAGCUCCUGCAGCUCCUGUACCUGGAGUGCAUCCUCUCCAUGCUCAGUAGCUGUCCGCCCACAAUGCAUCUGUCCAGAGGUUUCACUGACCUUGUAUGGAAACAGCUGUGCCCAUCCCUGGUGGCGAUCAUGGGAAAUCCAGUCAAUGACAAAACCAUCACCUCGCACCACAGCCUUAUAGGGGUGCCAGACCGGGAAAGACUCUCAGACAGACUUAGUUUAGGGAUUGGUUUGGAGGUAGAGUCCACUUCUGGUGGGGGGGUAUCUGAUCAAGGCAGAGGAUCGGGCUGCUCAUCCAGUGCCCCCGCCAGGAUAGCACCGGUGGUGCGGACAGUGUGCUACAUCGCUGCAGAGCUGGUGCGUCUGGUGAGCUGCGUGGAGUCGAUGAAGCCUGUGCUGCAGUCACUUUAUCAUAGGAUCCUUCUUUACCCCCCUCCUCAGCACCGUACUGAGGCCAUCCGCAUCAUGAAGGAGAUUUUGGGCAGCCCUCAGCGGCUGUACGACCUUGCUGGUCCAUGUGUGGCUGAGUCUGAAACUAGAAAACGCUCCUUCUCAAAGAGGAAAUCCCACCUGGAUCUGCUCAAGCUAGUGAUGGAUGGCAUGACGGAGGCCUGUAUGAAGGGAGGCAUUGAGGCCUGUUACUCUUCAGUCUCAUGUGCCUGUGCUCUCCUCGGGGCGCUGGAUGAGCUGUCCCAGGGCCGAGGUAUCCAACCUGAGCAGGCUCGACUUCUCCUCAGGCGACUGGAUGAUCUGAAAGAUGGGACAGAGUCAACACGAGAGUCCAUGGAGAUCAACGAGGCAGAUUUCAGGUGGCAGAGACACAUCCUGUCCUCUGAGCAGCCUCCGUGGGACCCCAGCUCUUCUUCCUCAAACAUGGCCACCACAGGGGCCACUGAACGCAGUCCUGACAUAAGCAUCAGUAUCACCACGGAAACAGGUCAGACCACCUUGGAUCUGGAGGUAGGGGAGCUAAACCUAGGUUUGGGCCACACCACUCCUGAGGACUGUGGAGAGGAUGCACCGCUUCCCUCACCAUCAUCUUGCAUGGGUCAGGAGGGAACCAAACGACAUCCGGUCCUUAGGCCUGACCGAGUUAGCCAGAGGGAAGAGGGAGGAGGAGGUACAGGAGAUGUUGAAGUGGGAAGAGAGAAAGAAAAAGGGGUAGGAGGAGGAGAAAGAGGAGGUGCUGUUCCUCCUGAUGUGGUACAGCGAAGCCAUGCCCUCGUCUACCCUGACAUCACCAACUUCCUGUCUGUGGAGUCCCGGGCCAGAUCUCAUCAUGGUGGAUCACGAUACAGUGAGAGCAACUUCAGCAUGGAGGAGCAGGACUUGUCACGAACAGAGUUUGACUCCUGUGACCAGUACUCCAUGGCUGCCGAGAAGGACUCAGGGCGCUCAGACGUGUCCGAUAUUGGCUCUGACAAUGUCUCACUGGCUGACGAGGAGCAGCAGACACCUCGUGACUGCCCGGGCCACCGCUCCCUUCGUACCGCUGCUCUGUCCCUCAAACUGCUCCGCAACCAGGAGGCCGACCAGCAGAGUGCCAGGCUGUUUAUCAAGUCGCUGGCGGCGUUGCUGCCUCGGCUGUUGGGAUUGGCCACGGCCACAGAAGUGGACCUGUCAUUGCAAAACUUCUCCUCCACUUUCUGUUCAGGGCUGCAGGCUGGUGGGAUCCACUCUCCAGGUUUUGAGGCAGGUGACACUCUUAGCUGUCAGUCACUGAUGAAUGCAGACGGCCUUUACCUGGUGUCGUACUACGCUCUGCUCCUCAACCUCAAACUCUGCUGCUGUGACUACUACAGACGGCGAACACUUACCCCUGUCCUCAGCCUGAAGGAGUUUGUUCGUCUGAUCCAGAGCAGUGGUGUCCUUGUGGUACUGUCUCAGGCCUGGAUCGAGGAGCUCUACCACCAGGUGUUAGAGCGUAACCUGCUGGCUGAGGCUGGGUAUUGGGGCUCGCCGGAGGACCAUGCACUGCCACUUCUCACCAUGCUCACAGAUAUUGAUGGUUUGGGAAGCAGUGCCAUUGGAGGUCAGCUGAUCAGGAGGGUGUCCAGCAAAUCACCACUCAGCUGUGACAAGACUGGAAGUGACACUGUGAUGGCAGGAGCUGUGUUCUCCCGCUUCAUCCUCACCGGUGUGUGGAAGAACCUGAUCGAUGUGCUGUCCACGCCACUGACAGGCCGCAUGGCAGGCAGCUCCAAGGGUCUGGCCUUCAUCCUGGGAGCAGAAGGGGUCAAAGAGCAAAGCCAGAGGGAGAGAGACACCAUCUGCCUGAGUUUAGAUGGCCUACGCAAAGCUGCUGCGCUCAGCUGUGCGCUGGGUGUGGCUGCCAACUGUGCAUCAGCUUUAGCCCAGAUGGCUGCCGCCUCCUGUGUGCAGGAGGAGAAGGAGGAGAGAGAGUUGGGAGAGACCGGAGAUGCCAUCACACAAGUAAAGCAACGUGUGGAGCAGCGUCUGGAGCAGAUUGGUCGUCCUCAGGGAGUUCGCCUCCAUACUGCUCAUGUUUUGUGUAUGGAUGCCAUCUUGAAUGUGGGGCUAGAGAUGGGCAGCCACAACCACGACUGCUGGCCUCACAUCUUCAGGGUGACUGAGUACAUCAGUUCACUGGAACACACCCACUUCAGUGAUGGCUCAUCACAGCCCUCCUCACUGACCACCAUCACCCAGCAGAGCCAGCAGGCAUCCAGCGUAGACCUGGGUUUAGAGCUGAGCUGUGAGACCAGCCCGGAGGCCUCUGAACUGGGCCUAAGCCAGCCAGUCAUCCAGCCCCUGUCCAUCCAGGAGCUGCUGAAGGAGAGCAGCAGGGCAGGCAGGGGCCUGGACCUGAAAAGUGGCAGCCUAAUGACUGGGACCAGUGCCGCUAAGGCCGUGUGCACUCUGUCCACACAAGCUGACAGGUUGUUUGAAGAAGCAGCCACUAAGCUGAACCUGGUGGGUCUGGUCGGUUUCCUGCAGCAGCUCCGGAAAGCUUCCCAGUGUCAGCUGUUCGACUCUGUUACAGAGACUGGAGACUAUUCACUGGCAAUGCCUGGUGAGGCCAAGUCAACACAGGACCGCCGUAGCGCUCUUCAUCUCUUCCGUCUGGGCGAGGCCAUGCUUCGUAUCGUCAGAAACAAGAACCGACCAUUGCUCCACAUGAUGAGGGCCUGGAGUGUAGUGGCACCUCACCUGGUAGAGGCGUCAUGUCACAAAGAACGCAAUGUUUCCCAGAAGGCCGUUUCCUUUAUCCACGACGUUCUCACAGAGGUGCUGACAAGCUGGGCGGAGCUUCCCCACUUCCACUUCAAUGAGGCGCUGUUCAGGCCCUUUGAGCACAUCAUGCAACUGGAGCUCUGUGAUGAGGAUGUACAGGACCAGGUGAUAACGUCAAUAGGUGAGCUGGUUGAGAUGUGUUCUCCUCAGAUCCUUUCAGGAUGGAGGCCUCUAUUUAGUGCUCUGAGGACUGUGCACAGCAGUAAAACUGACACUAAAGACUACUUGUUGGGAGAGUACUCCAUGGGGAAGUCCCAGGCUCCGGUGUUUGACGUCUUUGAGGCUUUCAUCAACACUGAUAACAUCCAGGUUUUUGCCAAUGCUGCCACCGACUACAUCAUGUGUCUAAUGAAGUUUGUGAAAGGGUUAGGAGAAGUGGAUUAUAAGGAGAUUGGAGACUGUGUUCACGUGUCUGGUUACAGCUCCACAGACCUUUGUCUGCCUGCACUUGAUUACCUCCGCAAAUGUUCACAGCUGCUGUCAAAGAUCUACAAGAUGUCAUCCAAGCCAGUUUUCCUUGGGGCGCGGCUUGCCAGCCUGCCGAUGAGAUCCCAGGAGCGCUCCAUCAGCAGCGAGGAUGGGAUGGACUGUGUGCUGCAGGAGUUUGACGAUGACACCGGUCUGAUCCAGGUGUGGAUUUUGUUACUGGAGCAGCUGACAGCAGCCGUUUCAAACUGUCCUCGCCAACAUCAGCCUCCGACCCUGGAGCUGUUGUUCACUCUGCUCAGAGAGGUUACCACUAUACCAGGUCCAGGUUUCGCCAUCUUCUCCGUCAUCCAGCUGCUCCUUCCUGUCAUGUCACUGUGGCUGCAGCGUAGCCAUGGUGACCACUCCUACUGGGAUGUGGCAGCGGCCAACUUCAAACAUGCCAUUGGCCUAUCCUGUGAACUGGUUGUGGAACAUGUCAACAGUUUCAUACACUCAGAUAUUGGUUAUGAGUCCCUGAUAAACCUGAUGUUGAAGGAUCUGUUCAAGCUGCUGGUGGCCUGUGUGUCUGAACCUGCAGAGACCAUCUCCAGAGUGGGCUGCUCCUGCAUCAGGUAUGUGCUGGUGACAGUGGGUCCAGUGUUUACAGAAGAGAUGUGGAGGUUAGCCUGCUGUGCUCUACAGGAUGCUUUCUCUGCUACAUUAGAACCUGUCAAGAACCUUCUGGCAUGUUUCCACAGUGGAUCAGACAGUUCAAAUGGAGACGCCUGUGAGGUGAAAGUGGCAGCUCCGUCACACUCGCCCUCAGCAGAGGCAGAGUAUUGGAGAAUCAAGGCCAUGGCUCAGCAGGUUUUUAUGUUGGACACCCAGUGCUCACCGAAGACCCCCAACAACAAGGAGGGAUUUGAGCAUGCUCAGUCCUGUGUUCUCAUCAUCGAGCUGCCAUCAGAUCAACAGGCCAAUGGACAUACUCAGAAGAGGAAAAUAGGGAUCCCAUUCAGAACCAUUGUGGUCAGUCUGCUGUCCCAUCAGGUACUGCUCCAAAACCUGUAUGACAUCCUACUGGAGGAAUUUGUCAAGCAGCCUGAAGGUCAUGAAAAGGUCACUCCAGUGACCUCUGACCCCAGCCGGCCCACUGCAGGCUUUCUGCGCUACAUUUCCAUGACUAACCUGGCCAUAAUCCUGGACCUGUUGCUGGACUCGUACAGGACAGCACGGGAUUUUGACACAAGGCCUGGUCUGAAGUACCUGCUGAUGAAGGUGUCUGGUGUUUGUGGAGCGGCAAAUCUGUACCGUCAGUCGGCCAUGAGCUUCAACCUGUACUUCCAGGCACUGCUCUGUGCAACACUGAGCCAAGCUGAUGGCAUGACGGCACAGCAGGUGAAGAGGAUCCUAUACGAAGAGGAGGAGGGGAGCUCUGACUCCUCACAUCCCGGGUCUGCUUCCUCAGAGGAUGAAGAUAUCUUUGAAGAAACAGCACAGGUCAGUCCCCCUCGGGGCCGGGAUAAGCGUCACCAGUGGCGAGCCUCAAUUCCAUCACUGAGUGUGCAGCCGCUGGGCAGUGCAGAUUGGGCCUGGCUGGUUAAACGGCUGUACAAACUAUGCAUGGACCUGUGUAACAGCUACAUCCAGAUGCACCGCGACCUGGAGAGCACAAUGGAAGAGACAACACAUUUGAGAGGAGGCACCGGAGAGCAUGUCUUUUUCCUGCCUCUUUUUCAGUCUGAGACUUCCACACCAACAUCGGUGGGUGGGUAUUCAGCGAGGGGGACGCCUUCAGAGGAUUGUGGGUACAGGUGUCACACAGCAGAUGUGAGCACAGCAUCACCAGGAGACACACCCACACCCAGCCCAGGAUUCAGCUGUACCGGUAGUCUGCCUCACCACUUCAGGACUGGAGGUGAGGCAAAAGACUCUGGGAUCUCAGGAACCUCUGUAGGCGGAGCUCCUGGCACUGCUGGACCAGGCAGGAGAAAGGAAUGGUGGGAAAGUGCAGGCAACAAACUGUACACCAUUGCCACAGACAAAACCAUCAGCAAGUUGAUGAUGGAGUACAAGCGCAGGAAACAGCAGCAGCAGCAGCCGCAGCAGAGUCAUGUCAACCUGUUCAUGAAGGAACAGGGCCGUGUGGCGACAGCAGUAGUGGCUGCAGAGAGGAGGGGCCCAGUAGAGCCACAGAGGCCCCUCCAGAGGCCACAGCAACUACUGGACCAGCAAGGCCCACCACUGAGGCACUCGGUCAGCGCAGGGCCAGAAAUCCUGAGGCAGGAGAAAAGGCCCCGUUCCGGAUCCACAAUCAGCUCCCACAGCAUCUCACUGAGGGACUCCGAGGCUCAGAUACAGGCGUGGACAAACAUGAUCUUAACGCUCCUGAAUCAGGUCCUACUUCUGUCAGACCCAUCCUUCCUGGCCCUCCAGCCGGCGCUCUACCCCUGCCUCAGCCAGCUCUCCUGUCAUGUGACCGACACCCGAGUCCGCCAGGCCCUGCGGGAGUGGCUGGGCCGCGUCGGCCGACUCUAUGAUAUCAUUGUGUGAUGCCACACUGCUAACAGUUGUUUUGCAAAGGAUGAAUGAGCAGUGAACUCGGCAUAUAAAGCAGGCAGUAUGCAGGUAGACCGAAGAAGAGCGUGAUUUCUUGAUUAUGCAAAGGGAGAGAAAUGGCAUCAUGAUAACAUGUCACAGUGCAGCCAAUGGCAGACUCUGAUGGUGUAGUUUGGUAAUGGCAGAAGACUGAUUUGAUCAACAUACGUGAAACAUGCAGUUACUAGUUAUUAGUGUUUUGAUGUAAUUUCUGGAAUUAAGUAAAAUAAUGUUAUCUCUGUAUUCACAUUUUUAUUAUGCAUAUUGUUGUUUUUCUAAGUAACAAAAUAAGUUUAUUAUAUGGCAUUAUGUAAGAUUGCGUUUGCUUAUUAUAUAAACACUUUUUGGAAAACUAACAUCAGCUAGUGGCACCCCAACAAACUAGAAUAGCAAUUUCGAUAAAUUAAUGUAAUGGUUUUACUAGUUAUGAAAUAAUGUAGAACCUCCUUUCACUAUCAAUUAAGUAUGCGUUUUUAGCAUUUAACAUUAGCUGCUCACUGGCUAAGUGCAGCUUGUGGCUGGAGUCAGAAAGACUGAAGGGAUACUAUCCACUAUUGUUAAAGUUACUUUAGUUACCAAAAGAUUUUGGGCCUUUGAGGAAACAUUUAUGACUUUCUUACAUUGAUGAAGAUGUAGUUAUGUCUCACAUAGAUACAUUUCCAUUAGCACCAUGUUUUAGUUAGUCUUUCCAAAACAAGAAAAAUGUGCAUUUAUUUAAAAGUAAAUAUUUUUAAUUGUCAUUUCAUUAAAUUGUAAUUUUAAUUUACCAUAUUUAAAGAGAAAGACCAAAGAUAGCAUUAUUUUACAUACAUUUAAUGUGCAUUAGGCUUUUUUAUUUUGAAAAACUGGUAUUAAGUAGCUGCAUCUCUGCACAUGUUGGACCAAUCAGGUUUCCAGUCCAGAACGACUGCCACUUUUUAAAGAACAGAAAUGACAGCUGUACUGUUAUAGUGGACAUCAGAUGACAGUAUUUGGUUGGCUGAGAAGAUGUGGUGAAAAUGAAUGAAACAGUUUAUUUAUAUGUGAAGGAGCUAUGAGUAAUGUGUGAACCAAUGUGCCAUUUCUGCCUCUUUUUUGUUGGUUCAUUUUCCAAAAUACAAAAAAAAACAACAAAAAACCCCCCCAAACAUUUCCCUUGUGAUUUAACACUCAAACAUGAUUUGCUCUUAUCAGUAAUUCAGACCAAAUUACAUUUAAUCAUUACUAUUUCUCAUCACAUUUUACAUAAAGUGCCAAGUGCUUUACUGUACAGUGUCAUAUGAAUGUACACUGUCCUUGCAAAUUUCUGAUCCUUAAAAACAUGAGUAAACACUGAUUGGCCUUUUAAUAAGAGUAUGGGGCAUUGUUUUAACCAGUUAAAAUAUCAUUUGUAAUAAAUAAAAAACUAAUAAUGCGAGCAGUAAAGGGAUAUUUAUAAGGUCAGUUUUUGAAUUAUUAAUAAUAACCCUUAUAGAUCUAAUAUCUGCCCAAAAACAAAUAUUUGACUGUAUUUUGGUUAAAAUCCCAAAAUUAAGAACUUAAGUUCUAAAGCUUUAAACAGACAUAUCAAACAAUAGGUUGAAAAUUAUGUGUAACGUAUUUGAUUUCUUUUCUAGGUAUGAUGGUUGCCAUUUGCUCUGAACCACCUCAUACAAUGGCCAAAAUGAGACAAGUAAGGCACAAAUGUGUAGAGACGGGAUUUAACCCCUAACAUUUCAGUCCACAUUGAGACUUGCUGUAAUAUUAGAUGAAUGUGCCCUCUGUGGCAUGUGACAAUCAGUGUACGCAUAUUUCUGCACUGCAUCAUUCAACGAGGCAAGUGCUGGGAGUAACCUCUUAGCGAUUAUUUAAAUUCUCCAUAACAUACAAAAUCCAAAAUAUCUGAUUAUUUUAAGUGUGCAGAGCCAAAGAUGACACCAAACACAUACCAAAAGAGACCAAUAUUUAUUAAAGAAUUUAUCUUAAAAUUAGUUAAGCACGUUGCAGCAAAUGCAAAUCUGAUCACAACACCUACUAUAUCAGACUGUUUUUUUUAAUUUAUAUAUUUAUUUCUUCUGGAUCAGCCUGUGAAGCCGCAUGACAAUUGGUGGAGAAUUGAUGUGUUAUGGACGUUAAAGUGUAAAAGCUGAACACUCUGAAUGUGUUCUUCAGUAGGUCAGACUGUGUGUGAAUAUGUCGACAUAUCCAGCUUUAACUGUACGGCCCUUUUUUUCUGGAAUUUCUGGACCAAGUGUCAAGUUGAGCUGUUAGUUAUUUAUUUAAAUGUAAUAUGCCUUUAACAUAUAAAACCCACAUAUGUUUGCUUGUCAUGUAUGUAUGUGUAUUUAUGUAAAUGAGUUAUUAUUUAAAACAUGCUAUGUCAUAUGACUAUACACUGUUUUUUGCUAUUUCCUUUGCCUACUUUACCUCCUGAUGCAGCAGCUGUGCUUGAUACAGAUGUUUUAAUGAUAAAAGAAAAGCAAAAAUAUUCAGGGUUUCACAUAAUUAUCAGUUACACAAGCUAAUCUUACCAUGAAAACCACUUUAAAUCCAUCAAGUCAGUUACAUGAGAGAGAAGAAAUGGAAAUUACACAAAAAAAAGAAAACAAAGAGGCUCAUUGGGGUAAAUACAGGCAGCCAGUAUGCAGACAACCCCCUCUUAACUUUAGCACCAAGAAUAAAUGUAUGAUCCCCUAACCAGGAAAAUCAGCCACUGGCGUA